AUGCCCGCUUCCUCAGCCACCAUCAUCUUCUCUCCAUAUCAUGUGGGAUCACGCGAUCACCGCGUCGGGAACGGCCCGCACCGGAUUCGCUCGCUGGGCAUUAUCGAAGCUCUCGAGAAGUUGGGGGUGAGCAUCAAACUUGACGAAAUCCCCCACGUCGACAAUUUCGAAGGCGAGAUUGGUCGCAGCUUCGAGCUUCUCCGACGCAUCUCCAUCGCGGUUUCCGAAGCGGUGGCAUCAGAUAGCUUCCCCCUCAUUCUGUCCGGGAACUGCAUGGCUAGCGCUGCAGCUGCCUGUGGUCUACCAGUCAAGGAUCUCGGCUUUGUUUACUUCGAUGCCCAUGAUGACUUGGACUCGCCGGACGUCAACGAGAACGGGUAUUUCGACGCAAUGGGUCUCUCCAUGCUCCGCGGAGAGAGCUGGAAGACCCUCAUGAAAACCGUCCCGGGCUACUCACCUCGGACAUAUCGUCGCUUCCUCUACUGUGGUCUGCGCGACCAGUCCUCCUUGCAGCGACAACGUGUCAUCGAUGCCGGCAUGACUGCUGUCUGGGGACGCUCUGAUAUCAAGGUGGACUUCGUCGCCCAAAUGAAGCAAGAGCUAUCUGCCCGCUCUUACGGCCCGGCCCUCGUUCACCUUGAUCUGGAUGUUUUGGAUGAGUCUUACGGCAAGGUCAAUGACUACCCUUCGCCUGGUGGUAUGAUGGAGGAAGACCUGAUCUCAUGUAUGGAUAUGGUUCCCCGUAUGGAUACGAGCCCGCAGUCGCUCACCGUCUGCUCCUUUGAUCCCGAUGCCGGGGAUGGUGAUAAGAUUGCUGCCAUUGCUAUACGCGCUGUCACUGCCUUUUUUCAAGCUCUUUUGGAUACCGAUGCUUUAACCACAGCUUCAACUUGA